UAACCCCAAAUCUUAUAUUUUGCCCUUCCCCUCUCUCUCUCUCUCUUUCUCCCUCCCUAGGCAUCCAUCGGCGAUUAAUCCAAAAAUCAUAUCGUCCGCGCCGGUCCGCGAAUCGGACGUUAACCUCGCCGCCCGGCGCAUCGCCGCCGCCACCGCCACCGCCACAAGCCGUUAAAAAACGAACUCAUCCGAUUCCCCUUUCCCGAAACUCAACCGAUUUCCCGGCCGAAACCUCCCCCCCCGGCUGCCGGCGUGCAGUUCCCGGCGAGGCAAAUUCCGAAAGGUGCGCACGAUUUUUAACCUGCGCGCCGCGCCCGCUCAUUCGAUUCCCCGUAACUAGUUCAAAGCCUAGCCUUCCUUAUUCUUUUUCCCGUUGUAUUGCACUCGGCAGAGGCAUCCAGACUUUUUGGAGAAAGUGGAGGAUAGCUAAAUUUGGCACUCAGUAAGAAGUUGUGGGUUUACGGCAGUCCCAUGUGAGAGGAUGGCCUUUUUCAAGAAUUACUCGGCUGAGACUGUGUCACAGAGCAUCCUGGAUGAAAACAGCCGGAGCCAAAAUGUGAAUAGACUGAAUAGCUCUUCACGAAAUGAGGAUGUUGAUGGGGCUUUUAGUGCGAGGGAAUUUGAUAUGAACGUAGAUGCGCAAUAUCAAAGCGAUGACGAGCCGUAUGGCACCAGAAUGGUCCAAAAUGAAGCAGCAACUGAUAAUGGAAUUAGACUAAAUAACUUGCAACCUUCUGGAAGGAGAAACGCUAAUGCUGGACAGUGGGGCUCGUCAUUUUGGAAGGAUUGUAAACCUAUGUGUCCUCCUGGAGGUUCAGAGUCAGGACCCGAGUCAAAAAGUGGGUCAGAUAAUAAAUAUGAUGAAAGAUCAGAUGACCAUUUGACCGAUGCCAGGGACUCGGAUGAUGACGAGGGACCGAAAGAAGUAGACAAGGGUCAAAGAGGCCACCCUGAUGUUCCUGCAGAGGAGAUGUUGUCUGAUGAAUAUUAUGAGCAGGAUGGAGACGAGCAGAGUGACAGAGCACCUUAUAGAGGAUAUAAGCAUCCCAUGGGCAUUACUUCUAGAACGUCAAUAAACACAAACCCUGUUGCUGCUAGCAGAAAGGUCUCUCGGAAUUCAAGGUCUUUGAAUAUUGACGAAGAGGAUGACUUUGGUGAUGUCGAAGACAAGAAUGAUGAUGCUGAUUAUGAAGAAGAGGAUGAGGACGACGAAGAUGACCCAAAUGAUGCAGAUUUUGACCCUGAUGGUCGUGGGACUAUUGGUCGUACAACAAAUAAGGACGAAGACUGGGAUGCUGAAGCUUCUGAUGAAGAUGAUGUCAGUGAUGAUGAGGUGGAUGUUUCAGAUGAAGAAGACUCUUAUUAUUCGAAGAAACCGAAGGGUAAGCAAGGACAUAAAGGGGGAUAUACUGCCAAGUCUAGUAAAGAACGUAAAGCCGCACCUGCAUAUAGACGACAGAAUAGAGGGAAAGCAUUUUCUGAUGAAGAGGAGUCAUCAGCUAAAGAUUCUGACGGUGAGAGCUUUGAGGAUCUCAGAGGGGCGUCCAGACGGGGUGCACAGAUGAGAAAAAGUAAUGGUCGACUAAACAUGUCGACAAACAUCAUCAGAGAAAGCAAUGAGGUUCGCACUUCUAGCAGAUCGGUUCGGAAGGUAUCGUAUGUUGAAAGCGAUGAGAGUGAAGAUGUUGAUGAAGCCAAGAAGAAAAAGUCGCAAAAGGAAGAAGUUGAAGAGGAUGAGGGUGAUUCAAUUGAAAAGGUACUUUGGCACCAGCCAAUGGGUAUGGCUGAAGAGGCUCUCAGGAACAACAGACCAGCUGAGCCUGUUCUGCUGAGCCACUUGUUUGAUACUGAACCGGAUUUGGAUGACAUGGAGUUCUUGAUUAAGUGGAAAGGCCAGUCCCAUUUGCACUGUCAGUGGAAAUCUCUCGCUGAUCUACAAAAUCUUAGCGGUUUUAAGAAGGUGUUAAAUUACACAAAGAAGGUGAUGGAAGAUGUGAAGUUUCGGAUGUCAGUCUCGCGUGAGGAGAUUGAGGUCAAUGAUGUGAGCAAGGAAAUGGACUUGGACCUCAUCAAGCAAUAUAGUCAGGUUGAAAGAAUAAUAGCUGACCGGAUUAGUAAAGAUGGAUCUGGAGGCGUUGUACCUGAGUACCUGGUGAAGUGGCAGGGGCUGUCUUACGCCGAAGCAACCUGGGAGAAGGAUGUUGAUAUUGCAUUUGCCCAAGAUGCUAUUGAUGAGUACAAGGCACGAGAAGCUGCUAUGGAAGUUCAAGGAAAGGCAGUUGAUCCCCAGAGGAAGAAGAGCAAAGCAAGUCUGAGGAAGCUUGAUGAACAACCAGAGUGGUUAAGGGGAGGGAAGCUUCGUGAUUACCAGUUGGAGGGACUUAACUUCCUGGUGAACAGCUGGAGAAAUGAUACCAAUGUUAUCUUAGCUGAUGAAAUGGGUCUUGGUAAAACAGUGCAGUCAGUUUCCAUGCUUGGCUUUUUGCAGAAUACUCAACAAAUCCAUGGGCCAUUUCUUGUUGUCGUACCCCUAUCCACAUUAUCAAAUUGGGCUAAAGAAUUUAGAAAGUGGCUGCCUGAUAUGAAUGUCAUUGUGUAUGUUGGUACUCGUGCAAGCCGAGAGGUUUGUCAACAAUACGAAUUUUACAAUGAUAAGAAAGUUGGCAGGCCCAUAAAGUUUAAUGCUUUGCUGACCACCUACGAAGUAGUUCUGAAGGACAAAGCUGUCCUUUCCAAGAUGAAGUGGAGUUAUCUAAUGGUUGAUGAAGCUCAUCGCUUGAAGAACAGUGAGGCACAAUUGUACACUACUCUUUCGGAAUUUAGCACUAAGAACAAGUUGCUUAUAACUGGUACACCGUUACAGAACAGUGUAGAAGAGCUAUGGGCUCUGCUUCACUUUCUUGAUCCUGAUAAGUUUCGGAGUAAAGAAGAUUUUGUUCAGAAUUACAAGAAUCUCAGCUCAUUUAACGAAAAUGAGCUUGCUAAUCUUCAUAUGGAGUUGAGGCCUCACAUUCUAAGAAGAGUUAUCAAGGAUGUGGAGAAGUCAUUGCCUCCGAAAAUUGAGCGUAUUCUUAGAGUUGAAAUGUCACCACUGCAGAAACAGUAUUAUAAGUGGAUUUUGGAGCGCAAUUUUCAUGACUUAAACAAAGGAGUUCGUGGCAAUCAGGUUUCGCUUCUAAAUAUUGUUGUGGAGCUGAAGAAAUGCUGCAAUCAUCCCUUCCUCUUUGAAAGUGCAGACCAUGGUUAUGGAGGGGAUUGGGUUACCGGUGAUAGUAGCAAAUUGGAAAGGAUUAUCUUGAGCAGUGGGAAGCUGGUUAUUCUGGACAAAUUGCUUGUCAGAUUGCAUGAGACAAAGCAUCGGGUUCUAAUAUUUUCCCAGAUGGUCAGAAUGUUGGAUAUACUGGCUGAGUACAUGUCGCUUCGAGGUUUUCAAUUUCAGAGGCUUGAUGGCAGCACAAAGGCUGAACUCAGGCAGCAGGCUAUGGAUCAUUUUAAUGCUCCCGGUAGUGAUGAUUUUUGCUUUCUUCUUUCUACUCGAGCUGGUGGCCUUGGCAUUAAUCUUGCAACAGCAGAUACUGUUAUUAUCUUUGACUCGGACUGGAAUCCACAGAAUGACUUACAGGCAAUGAGUAGAGCUCAUCGAAUUGGCCAACAAGAGGUCGUCAACAUUUACAGGUUUGUCACAAGCAAAAGUGUUGAGGAAGAUAUCCUGGAAAGAGCCAAAAGAAAGAUGGUGCUAGACCAUCUGGUGAUCCAAAAACUGAAUGCUGAGGGUAGGUUGGAGAAAAAAGAAACAAAGAAAGGCAGCUUUUUUGACAAAAAUGAAUUAUCUGCUAUCUUGAGAUUUGGAGCUGAGGAACUCUUUAAGGAAGAGAAAAAUGAUGAGGAAAGUAAGAAGAAGUUGUUGAACCUGGACAUUGAUGAAAUUCUUGAGAGAGCUGAGAAGGUCGAAGAGGAAGAUGCUGGAGAGGAAGGACAUGAAUUGCUGAGUGCAUUUAAGGUUGCUAAUUUCACCAGUGCUGAAGAUGAUGGUAGCUUUUGGAGCCGUUGGAUAAAGCCAGAAGCUAUAGCACAAGCUGAAGAAGCUUUAGCUCCCCGUGCUGCAAGGAGCACUAAAAGUUAUGCAGAAGCAAGUCAACCUAGCCAGCCUGAUAGAAGCAAUAAGAGGCGAAAAAAGGAAACUGAGCCACCGAUGAGAGGCUCCAAACGACGCAAAGCUGAUUUCUCUGUCCCCUCGGUGCCAACAAUUGAGGGGGCAUCGGUUCAAGUGAGAGGAUGGUCCCAUGGCAAUUUAUCUAAGAGAGAUGCAUUACGAUUUUCUCGUGCGGUUAUGAAAUUUGGGAAUGAGAGUCAGAUUGAUCUAAUUGUAUCAGAAGUUGGUGGUGCAAUUAGCGCUGCUCCACUUGAAGCACAGAUUGAGCUAUUCAGUGCCUUGGUUGAUGGCUGUAGAGAAGCUGUCAAAUUGGGAAAUCUGGACCCAAGGCAGGGGACUUUAUUGGAUUUCUUUGGUGUUUCUGUGAAAGCUAAUGAUCUACUCACCCGCGUUGAAGAACUCCAGUUACUCGCCAAGCGUAUCAGUCGCUAUGAUGAUCCCAUCAAACAAUUUAGGGUGCUGGCAUAUCUCAAACCUUCAAAUUGGUCUAAAGGCUGUGGUUGGAAUCAGAUUGAUGAUGCAAGACUGCUGCUUGGAAUUCAUUACCAUGGAUUUGGCAAUUGGGAAAGCAUAAGGUUAGACGGGAGGCUUGGACUUAUGAAGAAGAUUGCUCCUGCAGAACUUCAACACCACGAGACCUUCCUACCUCGUGCUCCAAACUUGAAAGACCGUGCAAAUGCCCUCCUGGAAAUGGAACUCGCUGCUGUUGGAGGGAAGAACUCCAAAGCUAAAGUGGGGAAAAAGGUGCCUAAGAACUUAAAGGAAACGGCUGCAAGCGCAACUGGAGCAAGGGUCAAGAACGGGAUUGCUGGCCCUUCAAGAGUUAAUCUCCGGUCAAACAAGGACAGGCUACAGAAACUUCCCAAAGCUGCCGAGCCUUUGGUGAAAGAGGAAGGCGAAAUGUCUGACCACGAGGAAGUGUACGAGCAGUUCAAGGAAACGAAGUGGAUGGAAUGGUGUCAAGAUGUCAUGGCAGAUGAACUGAAGACACUGGAUCGUCUCCAUAGGUUACAGACUACCAGUGCCAAUCUUCCCAAGGAGAAGGUUCUGGCCAGAAUACGUAACUAUUUACAGCUUAUCGGUCGAAGGAUUGAUAGCAUCGUCUUGGAGCAUGAGGAGGAUCCCUUUAAACAAGACAGGAUGACGAUGCGAUUGUGGAAAUACGUGUCUAGCUUCUCGAACCUAUCUGGGGAUAGACUUCAUCAGAUUUAUUCGAAGCUUAAGCAGGAGCAGGAGGACGAGGUGGGCCCUUCUGGCAGCCGUGACACUGAUCCCAGUUAUUUCCCAUCUCACUCUCACCAAAGAGCUCACAGGAGUAUGACCUCUUACCAGAUGCUAGAUCCGGGAAGAAGAGUCAAUGAGUCGGGGAAGCUUGAAGCCUGGAAGCGCAGGAGAAGAUCCGAGGCCUACACUUAUCCCCUGGUUCAGCCUCCUCCUAUCCACCGACCGCUAAAUAACGGGACCCGCCCCUCUGACCCCAAUGCCUUGGGGAUUCUCGGGGCAGCCCCACCCGACGUUAGGCGUUUCGGAGAUGAGAGACCCCAUCGAGGGAUGCGUCCUGGCAGUUUUCCUCCGAGGCAGGAUUUCUCAUCGGGCAUCAAAUAAUUCUUCCCCUGGCAUCUUUUUUUGUCUGUCCAGCGGGAAAUUAGGAGCAGUAAUCAGCCGCGACACUGUUUGGAUCUAGGUUUGCUUGAUUGGGAUGAGGCGAUCCCGAUCACAACCAGGGGUCAGCUUCAGAUCCCAUCCCAUCAAAGCAGCGGAACAAUACGGUGGGGGAACUUCGGAAAAAUCUUUCUGAAAGAAGGACUGCAGUUUUCGCUGCAUAAAUAUAUAUGUAAAUCAUAAGAGAGAUGUCAUUCUAAGGUUACACCGAAACACAGAAGAGGGAGGGAGGGAGGGAGAGAUCCAAUCACAUUUGUAUUCUUGGGGGAGGGAAAGGCUUCUGUACAUUUUUACAAAUUUUGCAUAUUUUUUUUUUCUGCCGUUCUUUUUAUUCCGUGCGAAGGCUAUCGGGGAAAUGUGUCCGGCGACAACUUUUCUUUGCAUUCUUUGAAACAUUUUUGUAGGUUGGCUUCUUUGUUGGAAUAACUCCCGAAGCAAUAAUCGCUGUCAAUUGUAUACGGUUUUUUAUUAUUCUGAACAUCAUGCUGUGCCUGAAUUGUCAAUACCAUAUCCUGGUGAUGGUUUGUAUA